GAUGGGGUUACAUUAUGACCCCAAAUCGAUCAUCGAUUAAUCUUUUUUUCCUCAAACACCUCGUGUUCUCCUCUCUAGGACCAGCGUUCUUCGCCACUUUCUUUUUUUUUGUGUGUAUAAACUGAGUUGUGCAUAAUGCUGUUUUCUGGAAAUUUAUCUCUCAGAUUCCAACGAGGGUGAGGUUGUGGCUAGAACAGUCCAGCCUAGAGGGUUUACCCGGCAUACGUGUGCUUUAUUUCACCACGGUGUUUUAGGGGUCAUAUCUUAUCUUUGCCGAUGAAGGGAGAGUAUUCUAAUUGUUCAAUUUGUGGAUUUCGUUAGACUGUUCUAUCUCGUGAACAACAACACAUCUUCUGCAGAAUUCGUUUUUGGACCGCUUGAAAGUGACGCAUCGUCAUGACCUGUCUUCGAAGCUACCUGGACGCCAGCAAAUGGGCAAAGAUCGCUUUAACCCUCCUAAUGGUCAACACGUCGAUGGCCUGGAACUCGUUUGUCUCGGCUACCUGGGGUGACGGCUACACUACAGGUCCUGUGUUUGUGGGCUACGGGCUGUGGAGGCGAUGUGGCAACUCCGAGACGGCGCCCAACUGUGUCAAUCUACUGGGCUGGAAUCUACAAUGGUACAGGACGGUGCAGGCGUUCGCUAUCAUGGCGUUUGUGUGUGUGAACGUGUGUUAUCUGCUCAUGAUCCUGCUCGUCUUCCUCAAUCGGUGCAAGGGGAGCAAAGCUAUCUCCCUCUGGAUCUGUGUUCUCUCUUUCUUUUCAGCCCUGUGUUACCUGGUGGCAGUCACUGUCUUUGCUGCCUCCUUUGAUGACGACUUCACGGUGACCGGAGCCAGCUCCACGUCCCUAGCCUUUGGCUGGAUCAUGACCAUCAUCGUGGCCCUGGUACAGGUGCUGGUCGGCGUCUUCAUGAUCCUGGAGGCCCGGAGGAUGGGCGCCAAAGUCAUGGACCUCUGAACACGAGACAGGAAACUCAACGCACUUCUUCUGCUUUAAUAAAAAAUUUAAAAAAAGAUAAUUAUAUUUUUUUAAGUUACAGUUUGUGUUAUAGAAUUUGUUUCAAAGUCUGAGUUACGCUGCGUUAUAACACAUUAUGAAAACUGUAUUUCUUGUUUUGAAAUCAUGAAUGUGAACAAAAGUAUGUAACUAGGGUUGUAUUAAUGGCUUCUUUAUGAAAAAUGAUUAACAUUUGAAAG